CUGAUUAUAGUAUCAAUAAAACAUAUUUAAUGAAUAAAUCAGUCAACAUAUUUUUUAGUAAUCUUGCUGUUGUGAUGUGGAUACUAAGAGAAUAUUGGUGUAAUUGAUUGAAAAGUCUAUGCAAAAUAUAAUCUGCCAAUAUUCCUCCGAUCAACUUACCGUCAAGUGAAUAUCAAAUAUGAAUGUUUAUAGACUGUGGACAAGUUUGUUACUGUUUUUCAUGUCUUUUCCCAUGUUGACAUAUUGUUACAGUGGUGCGGAUGUGAGUGCACUGUUAACUCAUUUAUUCACUACUGAAGGUUACAAUAAAAAAGUGCGGCCUCUGAAAGACCAAACAACUGCAAUAGAAAUUAGAGUGGACUAUUUCCUUAACUCUGUUAUCGAUUUCGAUGAACAAGAAGAAAGUUUGAAAAUAUCUGGCUUUUUAAGUUGUGCAUGGGUCGACGAGUAUUUGAAAUGGGACAAUGCUUCAUUUUCAAACAUCUAUGAGUUAUUCAUUCCACAGGAUGAUAUUUGGAAGCCGGACAUAUCUCUCAGGAACACAUUUAAAUCAUUUACUGGGCUUGGUGCAAGUUACCUCAAUGUCUACGUUACAUCUAAUGGGGUUGUUGAAUGGAACCCAUACCAGGUUCUGGAAUCAACUUGUUCGGUGGACAUUACAUUUUUUCCAUUUGACACACAGAUAUGUGAGUUGAAGUUCACAGCAUGGAGUUAUACACAAUCUCAUGUCGAUCUGGAUGUGGGAAGCAAAGGUGUACAACUUGAAGAGUAUGUAGAAAAUUCCGAAUGGGAAUUAGUUCAAACAUCAGCAAGAGAGACCAAUACGGAUGAAGCAGCUGUAUUCUUUACGUUAAAAUUAAAAAGGCGACCAAACUUUUACGUGUUGAAUAUUAUCGUACCAGUUAUUUUUCUCUCCCUCCUGGACAUAUUUGUGUUCGUUCUGCCUGUGUCGUCUGGAGAAAGAGCAAGCUAUGCGAUCACAGUUUUCUUGUCAAUGGCCGUUUUCUUAACAAUAAUAGCAGCAGCAUUGCCACAAAAUUCUGAGACAACGUCCUUGUUGUCUGUAUAUCUAAUGCUUAUGAUAAGUUUGAGUACUUUUAUUGUUAUUUUAAGCAUUGCAGAAUUGAGACUUGCAACUCGAGACGUCAAUAUUCAACCUAUAGGCAAAUGCUUUAUGUUUUUCAUUAAAUGUUCAAAUGUAAUCACAUGUAAGGUCUGUAGAAAGUCAGUGGCUCCAACGAGGGGGCAACUAAGUUCGAAAGUAAAGAAGCGCAAUUCUUCGGACGGUUAG